AUGCAGUGGAGUCAGCUGUCCAGACCGUACUCCUCCACUGACCAAAGCAGUUCCCUUGGCUCCAUGGAGAGCUUGGACCCCAUCACACCCACCACACAGCCGUACUCCGACUCCCACAACUCACCUGUCGACUCCGCCCUCUUCAACAACAAGAGAGACUCCGCCUACAGCUCCUUCUCAGCUAGUUCAAACACGUCCGACUACGCAACGGUGCCGCUGAGGCCCGGUGAGGCCUGCUCCAUGGAUAACCUCCUCCAGAACUUGGGGCCCAUUUGUAGAGGCUACCCAGGUGGGGAUGCUUCAACCCUGGGGAGCUCAUCAGGUGAGGCCCAGGAUGAGGCCCACCUGAUGGGACUGAAGUCCAGGUCGCUAACCAGGCCGAGACCAAGGCCUGCUGAGGUAAAAGAGCGGCCCUCCUCCUGCUGUUAUGAGGACGAGCGGAGGGGAGAACGAAGGACAGAGAGAAAGGUGAAUCCCCCUCAGCCUCCAACCAGGAAGGACAGUUUCAGGGCAACACGGAGUCGACCUGAGGUUGCUGACAAACGUUGCACCUCAGCUCCGAUUGAAAUUCCCACGCUCUCCUGUUACCAUGACGAUGACAAGUCACCCCAGCGCCUUGAAUCGGGUAUUUGUAACGGCUUCUCGGUGGAGUCAGAAGUAGGUGAUAGAAAUGGGAAUUUCAAAGAGAUUUCCUUGGAGUCAUGCCAUGAUGUCCGAAGUCAGGACAAAGGACUAAGAGGUCUCAGAUGUGGUAGUAAAAACUGUGAUUCAGAUGCCACCUCAGACCACCACCACCCGGACCCAGGGAGGAACUCUCCUCUUCCUGGCUCCCUACCACCCGAACCCUCUACCGAGGAUCAGGAGCAGACUCAGGUCAACCACUUACAGACCAAGAACUCGUCUUCAGGACUGCACCGCCACAGUGCCCCGGAGAAGCUCCUCGCUUCGCAGCUUCAGUUGCUACAGUUUAAUGGUGAUAACUCGUCAUUGGAGCCUUAUGAUCAGUCAAACCCUUCAGAUCAUUCCAUAUCCCCUUGUAGCAGCCAGUGGUCCCAUUCAUCACUCCAGCCCAUGAGGGAAGACCUCAGCGCAGACCUGAGUGGGCAAGAAGGGUCUGUCAACCACCUCCAAAGAGGAAGUCGCUGCUCAACCCCAGGAUCGGUGUUCUUGGAUGGGGAUGGCGUAGAUGGAGAUGUAGGUGAGAGGCUGGAAGGGGUAGAGCAUGUAGAUGGUGGGUCACUCUCCCCUAUUCAGCAUCACCACCAUUGGGGUCGCUCUGUGAGUGUCCCAGGGGAACCCACUGGAUCAUCAACCCAGGGAAGAGUAAGCUCUGACCGGGUACUUGAGAGAGAUUUUGGUCCUCUUAGUGCUGCUGCCAGUGUGGACACCUUACUGGAGGAGCAGCAAGGACUAGAACGAGCACGAGCAGGAAGAAAUGAAGUGGAUGUAGAAGGAGAGACAGCAAUGAAGAAGUUAAAUGCAUUCAGGAACCAUCGAAGGAACCGGCGUCGCAGUGAGCGGUUUGCUACCAACCUCCGGAACGAGAUCCAGAGAAAAAAGGCCCAGCUUCAGAAGAGCCGCAACCCAGGGGGGUUGUUCUGUAGUGGGGAAACUGUACAGGAAGAGGAGGGUCCAGACAUCCAUGAAGAGAGAGAAGACCCAGACCAGCCACCCCAAGGAAGAAGUACCAAAGUUGCAUUUGUCCCACGCAAUAGCCACCUAGAGUCCCAAACUACAGCAGCAGUUGAAAAAUUGCGCACCUCAAGUGAGACUAGCUGUGAGGGAUUACAGACUCAAUCUCAGCCCACAGUUAACACUCAGAACCAGAACUAUGAGCUAUCUAGAACCGUCCAGAUUAUAGACCCAGGUCAAAGUGUGCCUAGUUUUGGUGUCGGGAUCCGGGUUGUGGAAGAGCCAGCGCCGGCUGGCAAGGCCCGCCGCUGGCGCUGGACUCCUGAACAUAAACUCCAACCAGAACCUGAACUGGACCGACGGUUUGGACUCCGAGGUGAGAGGGUGUUAGGGGUCACAGGGUCACGGCAUGGGGUUUGUGCCUUCACCUCUUCCUACACUCGCUCCUCCUCCACUUCUCGUGUGGAUGAGUCCGAUAUCCUCCCAUUUGCAGACAGGAUGAAGUUUUUUGAGGAGACGAGCAAGAGUGGUUCUGUGUCAAAUCUCUCUGGACUCACAAGUCGCAGGCAGAGGAAAUACCCUCACCCUGUAGAGUCUCAGGGAGGCGACCUUGGUCAGCACCAAGCCCAGAGAAGAUAUUCUUAUCAGGGUGGACUUCAUCAGGAAAGCACCUUGCUUCCCAACUCUGUGGAAGCCAGGAGGCAGUCUGAGAGAGAAAGAGAGCUGGAGCGGGCCAGAGAGGAACAGCUCAGAAAAGAAAGAGAAAAAGAGCUUGAGAGACAGAAGGAAAGGGAGAACCUCAAGAGUCAACUCACCUCCAAUCAGGACUUUUACAACAGUGCUGACAUUAAAGUGAGAAAUCAAGAGCUCCAACACAACUUGAACAGUUCCCAGCCCCAGGCACUGUCCCACAGCCAAGCCCAGAGUCAAGUCCCUCGGUCAGCCUUCUAUCCAGUCAACACCCCUUCCCAAUCCCAGGAGAACCAGCAACCUUUGCACCAGAGAUACUCAGCAAGGAGCUACACGCCUACAGAGACGUAUCCUGCCCGGCAACAGCAAACGGCCAAGCUCAACAGGAACUACAGCCUGACCGAGAGGGACUACCCGAGGUGGAAGCAUGACUCCCAGCCACUAGAGGGCGCCAAUCAGCAGCAGCAGCAGCAUCAAAACUCCCACCAGGCUCAAUGGGGCCCCAGACAGAACAACAGCAAAAAUGAUGAUCGAUAUGAAUCUGCGUUCGCUCCACCGCCGGCUCCUCUCUCGCUCCGGGGACGAGCCAUGUCCGAGAACGACCUCCGAUUCGACAGCAGUCACCGCUGGUCGCCGUUGGUGUCCAUGGUGACUACCCAGACCCUGAGCGAGGUGGAGGAAGUAGGCGAUGGCAGCAUCAGGGUAGGGGAGGGAGGAAGUGUCACCAGGCAAAGCAAGAAGAAGACGCCGCCUCCUCCGAGACCGCCGCCCCCGAAGUGGGAGCAGUUCCACCGCAGGCGAGCGUCCCACCAUACGCUCUUCACCUCGCCUCCUCAGUUCAACUCUUCUAUGACUCCUCCCCCCAACCACAAUACCCACACCUCCUUCACCUCCACCUCACACUCUUCAUCGUCCCUCCCUCCAUCUGAAACGUCCAGGCAGAGGUCGUACAGCCUUCCUCCACAGAGGCAGGAAGUGUCGGACGGCUGCCCGCACUGCAGCUGCGGCCAGAGCCAAUCUCAGGUCAAGGAACGCCCCUAUUCCCAAGCCUCGCCCAAUCAGAGCCAGCCUCCAGUUCACGAACGCCCCUAUUCCCAAGCCUCGCCCAAUCAGAGCCAGCCUCCUGUUCACGAACGGCCCUAUUCCCAAGCCUCGCCCAAUCAGAGCCAGCCUCCAGUUCACGAACGCCCCUUUUCCCAAGCCUCGCCCAAUCAGAGCCAGCCUCCAGUUCACGAACGCCCCUAUCCCCUUGCCUUGCCCAGUCAGAGCCAGGUUCCAAUUCAGGAUCAGCCAUUCCUGAUUGCCCCACCCAGUCCAAUGUUCUCCAGGAGGGCGUUCAGGCCUGUGGCCCCGCCCCAGAGAGAGAGGAGCGGACACGGGCUGCAGCAGGAUAGGCUGGACAUUUUACCACCACUGCCUCCACCGCCGCCGCCGCAGCCAACAGAGAACAGUGUCAGCAGCUUAUCUGAGAUGGAGCACAACUGCAGCCCCAACCACGACAGAAUAACGGUGGUGAAACCUCACAAACAUCAGGCCAAUCUCAGACCGGGAGCCGAGUGGGAGAAAAAUCCACCUCCCAAAGUUCAUAGCGACACGGCAUUUCCCGCGACCAUAGCAAACGGAGGCGGCAGCGGGGCCGUUUCUCCUGAAUCGUACUUCGCCAUGAACUACGAGCAGCAGCAGCAGCAGCUCCGGAUCAACAGGAGCUUCCAGGGCUACUCCAAGAACACGGAACCCCGGAAGAUUCUCGAACCCGAGCCGGGAACUGAAUCGGAGACGACUCUCAGCCCGAGCCCCGCCCACAGCCUGGAGGCGGAGCUGGACAUCCCCAUGGAGACAGACAUCGACGACUUCCAGGAGGAGGAAGGGCUUCCGAUGGAGGACGAGCCCAUCAGCAGCGAGCUCCCUUGUUUCGCCCUGCCGGUGACCGUCCUGGAGACGGACAUCGACACCUUACCCGAUUCCGAGACGUCGCUGGCGGGAAGGAUGAGGGCAGAGAGCGGGUCUCUGGAAGAGGAGCUGGAGGCCGGGGAGAGGCUGGAGGAGCUCUUCCCCCAGAACAGUGAGGGGGAAUCGGGCACGGAGGGCUGGAGAGGCGCCUACCGAAACACGGAGCACAGCACGGACAGCCUGGAUAGGCGGUCCGGUGCGAGCUCCAGCUGUUCGUCUUAUUACGGCACAUCGGCGGCCAAGGCUCAGGUCCUGUCACAGAUGGCUGAUAGCAGGGAGAGGGACGACGAUGACGAGCUGAUUUACAAGAAGCAGCUGAUGGAGAGCCUGCGAAAGAAGCUCGGCGUGCUGAGAGAAGCUCAGAGGGGCCUGCAGGACGACAUCAGAGCCAACGCGCAGCUGGGGGAGGAGGUGGAGAGCAUGGUGGUGGCGGUCUGCAAGCCCAACGAGGUGGACAAGUUCCGCAUGUUCAUCGGGGAUCUGGACAAGGUGGUGAGCCUGAUGCUGUCGCUGUCGGGGAGGCUGCUGAGGGUGGAGACGGCCCUCGAUACACUGGACCCCGACUCAGCGCACCACGAGAGGCUCCCCCUGCUGGAGAAGAAGCGUCAGCUCAUGAGGCAGCUGGCGGAGGCCCAGGACCUGAAGGAUCACGUCGACCGGCGAGAGCAGGCCGUGGGCCGGGUGCUGUCCCGCUGCCUCUCCCCUGAGCAGCACCGCGACUACAGCCACUUUGUGAAGAUGAAGGCGGCCCUGCUGGUGGAGCAGAGGCAGCUGGAGGACAAGAUCCGGCUGGGAGAGGAGCAGCUGCGAGGGCUGAGGGAGAGCCUGGGCCUGGGCCUGGGAAUGGGCAUGGGAAUGUCGCUGGGAUACGGACACUACUAAACAGAAAAUGAAGACGCUCGGCUGCAGCAGGCCACUGUAGUGCGGUCCGAAUCUAUUCCAAAACCAGUCAAGACCGAGUCCGAAGGGCUUGGAGACCAAGUCAAGACUGAGACCAGAGAAAGUAAAACCCCCAUUCAAGAGCAAAAUCAGCAGAAACUGUUUCGUACAAUGCCUUUGACGAGCAUUAGGCUCCACACUAACACAUUUAAUCCCUUUAAAUGGUUGUACCACUGAGGAGAAAAUAAACAAAGGUGGACCGAGUGGAGAAGAACGCAUCUUUGACAGUUUUUAGAUAGGCAGGAGAAAGUUGAGAUCACAUCCAGGAGCAACUGAGACCAAGACAAGUCAAACCAGGAACAAGAGCGACCUGAGAAGACGACACCUACUCUAGAAGACGCCUCUGCAACACUGAAUUCCUCUUCUUUCCUCAUCACCCGAUUUGAUGUUGGACAGUCUGAGUAAAACGCUUCGAUGCGCACGUUUUCUCCGGGAAACUACCGACUUUGUCACACCUCAGGUUUCUGAUGGACCAUGGGACGGUCAAAGAGUCAGAAGGGGACAUUCAGGACUUCAAUCUCCAAGUACAAUAAGACGCUGCUGGUCGUCAUGUCGGUCCUGAUGCAGAAAGCAUAUCUAGAACGUACCUUGAAAAUUGUGGUGAGAAACAUUUGAGAGAGCGGAGGGCAGGUUUAGUUUUUGGGAUUGGGGUGAUUGCCUUUGGAUGUCAUCGACAAGGAAGAGAAUGUCAUCUCGAA